AUGGCGCAGGAUCAGACUUUGAAAGGUAAGGUAGCCAUUGUGAGCGGGAGUGCGAGAGGCAUUGGCGCUGCAGCUUGUGUCGAGCUGGCUUCGCGAGGUGCCCUGGUCAUUGUCAAUUAUCCGUGGCCGGAGCAGAAGGAGGAUGCACAGGAAGUUGUGCGGCAAAUUAAGCAAGGCAACGGGUCUGCCGCCGACCAGUGCCUAGCUAUCGAAUCAGACCUUUCGACGCUUGAUGGACCGCAACGGCUCGUCGACGAGACGAUCCGGCAAACCAAGAGACAGAUCGACAUCCUGAUCAAUAAUGCAGGCAUUGCCAUCAUGAAGCCGCUGACUGAGGUCAAACUGGAGCAAUGGGAUUCGCAGGUGAAUCUCAAUGCUCGCGGCAUGCUGCUGCUCACGCAAGCUGUCCUUCCCCAUCUAGCACAGGAAAGUCGCAUCGUCAACGUGAGUAGCGUUGGUGCUCGACAGGGCUAUGUUGGUUCCACCAUAUACAACGGGACCAAAUCCAUGGUUGAAUCGUUCACUAGGUGCUGGGCACUUGAGUUUGGGAGACAGUACGGCUGCACGGUCAAUGCCGUUGAGCCGGGACCUACAAAUACCACCGGCUUCAAUCACGCGGGGAAAAGUUUUCUGGCAAAGAUACAACCCAUGCUUGACGCGACGCCAAUGGGCUCGAGAAUGGCUGAGCCGGCAGAGAUAGCACAUGCCAUUGCCUUUUUCUGUGAGCCAAAGAGUAGAUGGAUCACGGGUGCUUGCUUACCAGUCAAUGGAGGAUUUCUGAUGCCAUAG